AUGCGAAUGCCCACGGAUAUGCCCAAGAGCCACAUCUCCAAGAACCGCGGAGCCAAGGAGGCGGCGACCGAAAAAAUGGACGAAAUGCUGUCCGAGGCGGAGAAGAUGAACCGUCGAAGUGACCUGGGCGACCGUGGCCGUCGCACGUUGGAGCAGCUUCAAGAAGACGCUCGGAACCUCGGCGAGUACGCGAAAGAGAAGAUGAAUCACAUGAACGAAGUGAUGCGUGAAGCGGCGGCCUCGGCUAAGGAAUCUACCGGUCUGCCGAACUCUGCUCCAGUCCCGACCGACAAGAUUAGCGACACCGUCAUGGAUUCGCUUAAGACGGCGAGUGAAAAGCUCAGUGAAGAGAUUACUGACCUGGGCGAACGUGUCGAGAGUGUCAAGGCUCGUGUCGCCCAGUCGAUGCAGACUGCCGGUGGGAAAGCCAAGGACACAUGGCACCAGAGCGCCGAGGCUGCGAAGAACGUCGGCGAGCGAGAGUACUGCCUGCCGCUGCCUACCGAUCGUAUCUGUGCUCGGCACGCUGCGUUUUUCGCCAUCCCAUUGCUGGCAAUUUUCCUAUUGAUGAUGUUCCGUCGUCGCUACCCCAAGAAGUGGAAUGCGAGUGUGAACAAGAUGAAGCAACCGCGUAUGAUGUUGGCGCGUGAGAUGCCGUCCGCUGAUAAGCUCAAGUCGCAAAUGGAAGGGAUCGCGGACAGCGUUGGGGAGAAGAUCGAGUACGGAAAGCAGCUCGGAAGCGCUAAGUUGGACGAGGCACGUAGCACCUACGGUCGACCGGAGAACAAGAAGGACCAGUGA